GCACACACACGAUAUUCCCCAAAGCUCUAGGGUUUCAUCAUCUUCUCUAUUUUCAGAAUUUCAACAAUGGCUACUGCAGCAAUCGAUCACCGCGUUUCCGAUCUGACAUCCUCCGGCGAUGCUUGGUCGGCGAAGACGGGAACUUCGAAACAGGGAGAGGGACUGAGACAGUACUACCAGCAACACAUACACGAUCUUCAGCUUCAGGUUCGACAGAAGACUCACAAUCUCAACCGACUUGAAGCUCAGAGAAAUGAUUUGAAUUCCAAAGUGAGGAUGCUGAAGGAAGAGCUGCAACUUCUACAGGAGCCUGGAUCAUAUGUUGGUGAAGUUGUCAAAGUCAUGGGGAAAUCUAAAGUUCUUGUGAAGGUUCACCCAGAAGGGAAGUAUGUUGUUGAUAUUGACAAAAACAUUGACGUCACAAAACUCACGCCAUCAACAAGAGUAGCCCUUCGCAAUGACAGUUAUGUGCUUCAUCUGAUACUGCCCAGUAAAGUAGACCCUCUUGUAAACCUCAUGAAAGUUGAGAAGGUCCCAGAUUCAACAUAUGACAUGAUUGGUGGUCUUGAUCAGCAAAUUAAAGAGAUCAAAGAGGUCAUAGAGUUGCCAAUCAAACAUCCUGAACUUUUUGAGAGUCUUGGAAUAGCCCAACCCAAGGGGGUUCUACUGUAUGGACCACCUGGUACUGGGAAAACGCUAUUGGCCAGAGCAGUAGCUCAUCAUACUGAUUGUACUUUCAUAAGGGUUUCUGGUUCUGAGUUGGUUCAAAAGUAUAUUGGGGAGGGAUCCCGUAUGGUCAGGGAACUUUUUGUUAUGGCCAGAGAACAUGCUCCAUCAAUUAUCUUCAUGGAUGAGAUUGACAGUAUUGGAUCUGCUAGAAUGGAAUCUGGGUCCGGUAAUGGUGAUAGUGAAGUCCAGAGGACUAUGCUUGAACUUCUCAAUCAACUUGAUGGAUUUGAAGCUUCAAAUAAGAUCAAGGUUCUGAUGGCCACUAACCGUAUAGAUAUUCUGGAUCAAGCCCUUCUGAGACCUGGACGAAUUGACAGGAAAAUUGAGUUCCCUAAUCCCAAUGAAGAUUCCCGUUUUGACAUCUUGAAGAUACACUCACGGAAAAUGAACUUAAUGCGUGGGAUUGAUUUGAAAAAGAUCGCAGAAAAGAUGAAUGGUGCAUCCGGUGCUGAAAUGAAGGCUGUGUGCACUGAAGCUGGUAUGUUUGCUUUGAGAGAGAGGAGAGUUCACGUCACUCAGGAAGAUUUCGAGAUGGCUGUGGCUAAGGUGAUGAAGAAGGAAUCCGAGAAAAACAUGUCUCUAAGGAAGCUAUGGAAGUAGUCUUUACGGUAAUUCCAUUAUAGUCGUCUUCUUUGUGUUUUUCGAACUUUUUAGGUUUCCCUUUGGUUGCCUUGUCCAAUAUUGACUAUUUUCAGGUUGGACUUGCACACUAAAAACUAGUAUUUUCUUGGGUUUGAUUUGAUAAAUGAUUAUAUGCUUUCGCCCUUUUAAUACAGUAUGUGUAACGAAUCUGCUGUCGUUCAUGUUUGUGUAAUUUUAUGUUUUUCCCUUUCAUUUA